AUGCAGCUGAAGCGUGCAUCUGGAGGCAAGAUUUUGUAUAAGAUAUGGGUAGCAGAAGUUACGGCAAACUCUGGAGCAAAUGAGGCUGAAAGAACCAAGCAAUUGUGGAUUGAGAUGCUAAUUCUAUCCAUAAGCCUAGUCUCUGAUAUGCAAUUCAAGUGGGGUUUGAAAGGUGGGAAGAAGCGGCAGCCACAAAUUUACAACUCGGCCUUCUUCGAUCAACCAUGCAUGAUUGUGCUGACGGGUGCAUCAGAGAAUGAUGAAAGAGAGGCCAACAAUGUACCAAGUGGGGAAGAUAGGGGCGCAACUCAUUCUCUUUGGCAAAUAAGAAUUAAAGGUAGAGACAUGGGAUGGGCUCCGACCUACAUUAGCGAUGUUCGCAUGCGUAGGAUGUCUGCGGCGCCUACCAAUGAUUGCCCUAGGAUCGUUAGGCUUCCGCGCCACCGUUCAGAAGCGUAUGAUUUGAUGCGCCUGCCAAUGCCACCCCAAAACUCCCCGUGA